AGUUAGAUUACGGAUCCAACGUUCGCUCCGGAUCAGGCACGGAAGCGGAAGCGGAAGCGAGACGCUGUCAUGCUCUGCCUGGUCGCGCUACCACCGAUGGCCCGCGCCGGCCGGCGGCGCCCUUCGACUUCUGUACGCCGCCGCGGCCGAACCCUCGCUGCCCUCCCGUGCCGCUGUGGACGGCGGCACGUCAUCGGUGCCUCCUCGGCUGCGGCUCUCCUCCCCUUCCUCGCCCCUCCUUCUCCGGCCGCUCCGCCCAUCGACCCCGACGUGAUGCUCCAGCGAGUGCACCCGUCGAGGCCGGACUGGUAUGAGGAGUUCUAUGCCUCGGCCAUGGAUCAGGGAAUGAAGUCAUACGAAGCAGAGAUUGCAGGAUACAAAGCAAAUCUCUUUUCUCAACUGUCGCCUGCAGGAAAGAACAUUUUGGAGCUUGGUGUUGGGACAGGGCCUAACUUCAAAUACUAUGCAAGUGAAGAUGGGGUUAAUGUAAUUGGAGUGGAUCCUAACAAGCACAUGGAGAAUUAUGCCAGGACAGCUGCUGUGUCUGCUGGACUUCCGUCAUCAAGCUUCACAUUCAGAAGAGGGGUUGCUGAAGCCUUGCCAGCAGAAGACAAUUCCAUGGAUGCAGUGAUCGGCACACUUGUAUUGUGCUCUGUCGAUAACAUCGACAUGGCACUGAGAGAAAUAAAGCGAGUCUUAAAGCCCGACGGUCUCUAUGUGUUCAUUGAACAUGUUGCGGCACCAGAUGGUACGUUGCUCCAAUUUGUUCAAGGCGCGCUUGAUCCCUUGCAGCAAUUUGUAGCCGACGGAUGCCACCUCACGAGGAAAACCGGACAAAGCAUCAGGGAUGUUGGGUUCUCGAGCCUGAGCCUGGAUAGUGUCCGGCUGUCAAAUGCCUACAUCAUUAGCCCUCAUGUUUAUGGCGUAGCCUGCAAGUGAAGUUAUACACCAUCUUUCGAAACCUUUGUAAAUGAUGCCCUCCUGUAUCUUCCAUCAGUAAAGCGGUUUUGUGGUAAGUAAAAGUUUGUUUCGUGAGAGCAUCUCCCAGACUCCCACGGUCCUUCUUGAACCACUCUUUAAGUGCUCAUUUAGAGUAUCACAGAUCGUUUUGACUAUCUCUUCAUCCCCCAAUUUCUUCUCUGUAUGUUGUUUGGCACUUUGGUGAGCCAUCUCCGUUCUCUUCUAUGUCUUCGGCGAACGAGAAAUAAAAGAUAGAGGAUGGUAAUAUUUUUAGGUCUA